AUGGCCGACAUCACCGCUGUUGGUGAGGAGAACCCUUCGCCCACUCAGGACGAGCUGCAACAGGCCGCCGGUAACGGCGCCGCUGACAACCGCGGUACCAAGCGCUCUCGCAUGAGCGCCGACGACGACGAUGAUGACGAGGAUAAGCCCGGUCGCGAGCGCAGAAAGAUUGAGAUCAAGUUCAUCCAGGAUAAGUCGCGUCGCCACAUUACGUUCUCCAAGCGGAAGGCGGGUAUCAUGAAGAAGGCAUACGAACUCUCCGUCCUUACUGGAACCCAAGUCCUUCUCCUGGUCGUGUCCGAGACCGGUCUCGUCUACACUUUCACAACUCCCAAGCUGCAGCCAUUGGUGACGAAGCCCGAAGGAAAGAACCUUAUCCAGGCCUGCCUCAACGCUCCCGACCCCACUGCCAACGAAAAUGGCGUCGAUGCCCCCGAUGUUCCCGCUGAGACUCCCGAAGAUGUGAGCCACAGCAACGUCAAUGCCCAGCAGUCGAGUAUCCCUCGACCUGCGGGUAUGCACCCAGGCUACAUGACAAACGAGCAACAGCAGCAAAUGGCCUAUUAUCAAAAUCUCCAGCAACAGCAGCAGGCUGGUGGGCAAUACCCUGGAAUGCCCGUUGGCAACCGGAUGCCCACUCAGCAUCAACCCACUGCGUAA